AUGUUGGGAACCCUUUUUUCAUCGGAAGAGAAAUAUGGGCCUCGAUUGACUAUGUCUCUUUGCCAUUGUUCUUCGGAGGAUGGAGAUCAUCCCGCGCGUGCAUUGCGCCAUCAAGUCCAAAAUUCGACCGGGUGGCAAUCUGACAAGGGAUGCGUGUAUCCACAAGAGCUUGGAUUUGCAUUUGAAGGUGAAGUCGAACUGCAUUUUAUUCGUGUACUUUCUCAUGAAAGAAAGAUUGCAUCACGUAUAGAAGUUUUUAUUGCGGAAGCCACCAAAGAGGAAAUAGAAAAUGGUACGAUUAAACCAUACCACUCAAGCAAUUUUCGGCGUUUGGGAUAUGUUUGUUUUGUUACCACUGCAGAUAAUGCGUUUGGAGCUCGUGAACUUAAAACAAUAAAUAUUCGACAAAAAUGCGUUUACGUCAAACUUUUGAUUUCAAGGCCCUAUAGCAGUGACUACAAUCUGUUUCAUCAAGUAGGUAUCGUCGCGCUCACAAGUCACGGCACAAUUCGGCGUACAUAUCAGGGUGCCCCAACAAGGAGAAUAUGUCUUAUUGGAGAAACAGUAGAAGUUCCCUUGGAUGAGAUGCUUCCACCACGCCUGGGGAAUCCUCAGUCGGUGCAACCCCAGGAUGAUAUUGGUCUGGAAAUAGACCAGGUGACAGCUCGUCGCAUUGCAGAAAUUGUAUUGUUGAAGGAAAGGGCUGUGGCAGCGGAAGAUUAUGAUCUUGCGAAUGCCUUGAAGUCAUGUUUGCUUUCUUUAGAAAGAGUUGGGAAAAAACUCUAUUAUUUAGAAAAGGAAAAGGCGACGGCAGUAAAAGAGGAGGAUUAUGCUUCUGCAAAGAAUUUGAAACGUCAAAUUGACAAUUUAAGGGAAGAAGCAUACAGAAUUCCCACCUCAGUGCCGGAAAAGGCCGAAAGCUGUAAGGAUUCAAAUAGAUUAUAUGAGCCGUCAAGUGGGAAAGAACCACCACUCACGAGUGAGUUAAUGACAGCGGAACUUCGGGGAGGAGAGCAGAUGCCCUCAGUACACGCUGCUACCCCUCUCCCUGCAUUGCUUGACGAAUCGCCCGUGGGAGGACGUGAUUUGUACAUGAUAAAAAACUCGGAUAACCUAAUGAGAUUUGGGAAACAGGGAAAUCUUAGUGCUAAUGUUGAUGGUAAUUUAAUUUCCGAGUUUGCUGAAGGGAAAGAAGAAUGGGAAAGGUCAAUUAAUCGUGUCAUUCGUGAACUCUCUAGUACACAAGAUCAGGCUUCAGUAUUGCAGGGAGAAGCACUUACAGAGGCCAGAAACAGCGAAAAUGUGUUUGGAACCUACUGUUGCGCCUGUUUGUUUGGUAAAAAAGGUUUACUUCGUGAGGCUGCCAUUCGUGCUAUAAUAUCCCCCGUUGGGUUUGCUGCUCUUUGUACGCAUUCGCACACGGUCAUUGAAGCACUUCUUUCCUAUAUGGCUCUUCCCUCCCGUGGCUUGUGUGAUCCAGUGGCAGGGGUUGUAUUUGCGUGUUGCGAGGCACUUCAGGCUAUUAUAAAGGACAAUAUUCCAGAUUUGCCUCCCGUCUCUGCUCUCAUUUCACACAUUCAGCGCCUUUUACCGGCCUUAGUGAUUCGUUUGGGUGACAACAACAGCCGAAUUCGAGAGAUGGCUGAAUCUGUUCUCAUGUCUUUCUCUGAUUUGGCGCUUGAACCUGUUGUUUCAUCACUUCUUGUAGAUCCUGGGAAAGACAAAAAGCGUCCGGUUUCACCUAAGGUGCAUGUUGCCCGCAUGAAUAUGCUUAGUUCACUUUUUGAUCGAUACGGCAUUAACGGUGAUGAAUCCGUCAGUCUUGAAGUGGGUAAUGUUCUCUCCACUGCUGUAUUGAAUUGUUUGCAGCAUUCUAAUGGUGAGGUGCGGGAAGCGGCAAGUCGACUCUUUGCAAAGGCACUAGUUAUAGCUCCGACCCGUUCAGCCUGUUACAUGGAGGCUUUAAAACCUGCACAGCAGAACUUGGUUGAACAACAAAUGGAAGCUCUGAAAGCGACUGCGCAGAGAGUGAUGACUCAGGAUGAAUUAGUGUAUAGUGCUACGCUUAACUCUAGCGCAGUUCUAGACGAAAACGAAAUGCGUCCGGCAGGAAGAAACUGUCAAUCCAAUUCUGAGGGACGCAGCGCCCAUAUUGCGGCAAGGAAAUGCCAGUUCUGUGGGCAGUUCGAUGAAAAUUUUUCGGAGGCGGCACUGGAUAUUCACUUCAUUCGAGCAUGCCCAAUGCUUUGCCCUUGCCCACUGUGCGACCAGGUAACGGAGAUUGCCACCCUACAGCAGCACCUCACUACAGAGUGUGAGAACAGGCAUUUAGUGCGCGAGUGUCCUAUUUGCAGAGAAGCAGUGAGGGUGGAGGACAUCAAUAAGCACGUUGCGUUGAAUAAGUGUAUCAAAGCUGUCCCGACUCACAGUGUAUGUCCAUUGUGUCACGCUCGAUUUGAAACGGGGUUAGCUGGGUGGGUGGCGCACCUAGCCUCACCUCCUGGCUGUCCGAAUAAUCCGAGAAAGUAUGAUGGCUCAGGACCCCAAGUGAGAUGA